UCGUGUAUGUGUGGAACAAAGUGUAAUGGACGUCUGGCAGCGAGUGAAAUGUGCUGCGCAAAUCGUGAAAUCAUAGUACUCGAAUCACUGCAGAAAGAACUGAAAGCCACAAGAGAACAUGCUCUGUUGUUGGAAAACAUUAUUAAAAGUCUAUCUGACCCAUCACAUAAAGAACUCGGUCAACUUCAAGAGUAUAGUGAACCAAAGAAAUGUGCAAAACCUAAAUUUGUUUCCAGUGCGUUAAAAGUUCCGUUAAGAAAUCGAUUUCAACAUCUUAUUACAGAUUGUGAACUUAAAAAUGUUGAAACAAGCAACUCACACCAAGACUACGAAUCGGAAUCGGCGGACAGGAAAUUUACAAAGCGCAAUAAGUCAGUAAAACGUAACUGUCUCGAUGUUGCAAACAAAGUGACUCCUAAAAACUUUAGUACAAGCUGCCAUGGAAAAGGUUGAUUGCAACCAAGGGACUCAACCCGACGAAUAGCUGGCUGCUCAAAUUUACUGGCUGACAGGCCACCUGAAUCGUAGGAUUUGCACAACCUGCUGAUAAGAUGGAUCAGACUUUCAAAAUCUGUUCUCUGAGUUUGACAUCAGAAAAACAGCUGAGAUAAUUUUGGCCUGUCCAAAAUUUGAAAAAUAUUUCUGGUAUCGACUACUUCUGUUGAGGAAAAGUAGUGCUAGAGGAGGAUGUCCCCUUACAGCUUCCUAUGCUGAAGUAUUUAAUGGAUAAAGACUUUUAUUUCUUAUAUAGCUGAUG